AUGAAUUCAUCAUUUGGUUCACCAAGACCGUCCGUGGGAAUCUUGAAAGAACAGCGAAUCGGUAAACCAAACAAAGUUUUGUUCAAAUCUCCAGUUUUAGUCGAGUCCACUCAAUCAGCGACUUUGCUGGAGAAGAUUUCUUUCGAAGACGAUUUCUACGACAAGCCAACGUCAAGUACUCCUGGUUCACUAAGCCCGGCGCAAAACUCGGAACCUCUGGUAUGUAACCUCGUCAGUUUUCUUUUCACUUUUCACAGCUUUUCGACGAAUCUCUGCAAGAAGACCUCGAAGUUUUGAGAACGUUCAUUUUUAAUGAAACCGGAAAGUCUGUGAUUCCUGAAGCCCACUCUUCACUGCCUUAUUACCGGAAAGGUUGAGAAGCGUUUUGGAAAACUUUUUCGAUGCUUGUUUCAGUGUACCGUCAGAUGCUCUCAGCGCGAGAUUUAGUUCAAGAGGCGUGGAAAAUACAAUAUCGUCGGUUCCAUUGGAGUUGGAAAUCAGUUGUUUUCAUUUCUAUCCAUAUAUGAGUUUAGUGAGGAAGGUAUAUGAACUGAACAUAAUGGACUUGCGGAAUCUUGAAAGUCUCAGAACGAAAGUUGUUCAUCAACUGAAAGAACUUCGCAGCAAGAAAAUUUUCCAACUGUGAGUGCCUUUCUGAUUUUCUUUUUUUUUUUUGAUGUAUUUUUUUCAAAAGUUAAUCAUUUUUCUCAUCCCCUUAUUUGGUACUUGUGACCCUCAGAAAAUUUUAGAUUGAACAUAACUCAUUCGACACAGCGACCCGUGAAUGUUCUGAUCGAGAUGCACGCAGAAGAUAUCUACUCCGGGCUUUCAGACGGUGACGAGAGCGGGGAGUUCCAGAAGUUCUCGGAAAUCAGUCUGUUAUGUGUCAGUUCCACGAAAUUGCGGCAUAAGAGAAAUUGAAUUACACGGGUAACGUCGAAAUGGUGGAUAAUGGUUGCUAAAACAGAUAGGUUCAAAAAAGGUCACCACAAAAGUUUCCCUUUGUCAAGCCUUCCUAUUUUUUGGGAUUUUAAAGGCUCAAGGAGGGUGAAAAAAGGAGAGGCGGCAAAAAAUGGUGCAUAAAAGCCGAUGAAAUGGCGCAAAAAGGAAGCAAAAAAGGAAAAAAAUAAGCAUUUCUAUGAAGCCUUUUUCCACCCUUUCCGAUGUAGUUAGUUCAAAAAUAAUAUCGCGAUUACUGUUUUUCCCGGAAAUUUUGUUGAAGGUUAUUCCAUUUAUUUUCUAUAAAGUUCAAAAUUCAUAAAAAGAGCCAUAAUGAAUAGGUGAAUAAGAAGCUAACAAUUUCCAACAGUUAGGCUAUGUUUUGGUUUCUAUAAACCCAAACUUGGGUUGUUCGUGACUGAUUUAUAGUUUUCCGUCUAUUUUUCAGAGCAAAGCGUUACCAUCAUUAGACGUCCUGAUACAGAAAACAAAAGAACUCACUGCAAGACGGAUAACGCUCCAGAAAAAUCAGAGAGGUGAGUGGAACAAGAUCUUCAUUUUGAACCGAAAUCUAGCUUCGAGGAGAAGUAGAGCUGAUUCUUCACGCGCCGAUGAUUUGACUAACAAAUUGAAAUCGCUUUCAUUGCAUGAUUUGAGACACCUAUGUAAACAAAUCAAAGAAAGAGAGUUGUGA